GGCGGGCUCUGUGUUGUUGUGGUUCACUUCCUGCUUGGCAGCGUGAAAUCAAUAAACUGCAGCAGUGAAAGUCGCAAAAGAGGAGAAACGGAGGGUCAGACAGCAGGGUCCUGCUGGACGAGUCCUCCAACAACCAGACCAACAGACGGAGAUUAAAGAUCUGAAUCCUCUGAAGAACCAACAUGGUGCACGUUUACAACUGCCAUCCGUUCUCCUCGCAGCAGAUCGUCCAGGUGGAGCAGGAGCCUGGCCUGGUCUGCUGUGGAGGAGGAGCUCUAUUCGUGGUGGCGACUGGAGGCUGCAAGGUGGAGGCCUACAGUGUGGAGCAGGAGGGCUGCCCGUUCAUCUGCCGCUUCGCUACCAUGGGAACGGUGAAGAGCAUCCAGCACAGCAGGACAGGAGAUUACCUGGUGACCAUUGAGGAGAAGAACAACGCCACCUACCUGAGAGCCUACACCAACUGGCGCCACCAGGCGGAGGGGAAGGCCCGUGUCGGGGUGCGUCUGCUGGGCCACCUGCUGGGCGGGGCGUCGGUGCGGGGCGGCGUGCAGAUGGAGAUCAUCGAGAUCCCGCUGUCGGAGCGCCCCGUGGCCGUGGCGUGCUGCGCCGUCAGCGGAGACCUGCUGGUCGGCUGCCAGAACACUCUGGUGCUGUUUUCUCUGAGGAGACAGAACCAGCAGAGCCUGAAUCAGAGUCAGCAGAUCGUUCAGCAGCAGAGCUCCACUCAGAGUCAAGCUCAGAACUCCAGUUCAAACCAGAACUUCUUGGAUUUUGAACGUUCCGUUAUCCUGCAUCUUCCCAAAAUCAAGCCUAAACAGGUGGCGCUGUGUGGAGGCUUCGUGGCGGUGCAGGCGGAGCUCGAGGUCCUGGUGCUGAAGCUGGACGUGUCCUCUGAACCCAUCACUCUGGAGGAAUCAUCAGAAACAAAGAAGAUAGAUCACCUGGAGGACCAGGUGGACUUCCUGAUGCUCCCCAGACACCAGGAGCUUCUCGGGGAUCGAGCCAAAGACUGUGACAUCCCCGUGAACAUCGAGAAGACCGGACUGGAGGACAGCACAGGACAAUACACUCUGUCCUACGUUCUCUUCAGGCGUUUUACUCCAGACUUCUUCCAGGGCUGCAGCGUGGAGGAGACUCAGCUCCACUCCCUGCAGCUCUACCCGCUCUUCACCAGAAACCAGUCGGGGUCUGUAGAAGAACCGGCGUGUGUGUUCUGCUUCUUCUCGCUGCCCACGGCUGGGUACCUGUACAGCCUGCAGGGCGGCGUGGAGCUGCUCUCAGCCUAUCAGUACCCAGAGAAAGUCCUGAAGGCCGUGCUGACCGACCACCUGCUGCACGUUAUCACCAAGAGCGCUCUGCAGUGUUUCACAGUGCGUUGUGCAGCAGUCGCCGCUCGGAUCGACGACCCGUACAUCGACACCACCAUGAAGGCCUGUCCCCCCUGCAGCUUGGAGGUGUGUGCUCUCAGGAUGCAGCUGUUCAUCGGGCUGCGCUCGGUGUGUGUGUACGGUCGUCAUGUGAUCCUGCUGUCCACGGCCGACGCGGAGGCGCCGGAGGACGGAGAGCGCAGCACACAGCGCCGAGGCCUGAGCAGGAAGUGGACGAUCUCUUCUCCCAAAGAAAGCAGCUCAGCAGGACACGGCUGGAACCUUUACGUGGUCGACACGGUUUCACCACUCACUCUGUACCAGGAGAUGGUCGAGUACAGUCAGCGGUAUGCGGAGACCAACCCUCAGGCUCAGAGUCUCCGUCACCUCCUCAGUGAGGCUCACCUCCUCCUCCGCGCCUCCUUACUGAGAACCUCGGAGCAGCAGAGAGACAUGGAGGGCGUCCCCACAGCGUCCCUGCAGCCGGAGGGCGUCCCCGCAGCGUCCCUGCAGCUGGAGACGGACGCUGAGACACAGACGGACAGUCAGGAGCUGGAGGACGCUCUGAGGGAGAACUGUGCACAGCUGGGAGACUGUUUCAGCAGGGCGAGUCAGAAGGACUGCCACCUGGCUCUGCCCUACUACAGGAUGUCCGGCCUGUCCGUCACAGAGAUCAUCGCCAGGAACCGCCCCCUCCCCAGCAGCCCUCACAGCUACGGCUUCGGCUUCCUGUUCUACCUGAAACAUCACCUGCUGGAGGAGACGGAGCAGAUUCUCACUCAGGAGGCGGCUGAUGAGGUCAUCAACAUUUUCAGCCAAUCAGAGCCCUCUCAGCUGGUGAGUGUGUGUGCGAGCCCGUCCAUGAUCAACAUCAGCCCGGCUCAGACGCUGAGGAUCCUCCAACAUCUGGAGGACUCUGCUGGAGUGUCGGUUCCCUUGACGAUCACCAUGGCAACCAUGAUGCUGCGCCUGGACGACCUGCCGCAGUACACACAGCUGAUGGAGCGCCAUGCAGAGAUGCUGCUGGUGUACGGGUUCAUCGAGGAGUCGAGGCUGCUGCUGCACGGUGGAGGAGGAGGUCAGCACGCCAACAUCCGGCCCACAGCGCUGAGUCGGCAGCUGGCCAAGUCCCAGCCGGGGCUGCUGGUGGCCGCCAUGGUGGCUCUGCACGAGAACAACAAGGUUCAGCUGGAGCAGGCCGACCACAUCUUCAAGGAGCUGGGCUGUGAGAAAUGCUUGCAGGUGGAUUUCUGGGAGGCGAUGCUGAUGGCGUCCUCACAGGAAGCCGUCAUCCAGGAGCUCCUGUUCCGCCUGGCGUCCGUCUACAUCGACCGGCUGACCAACGGCGCCUCAGACACACACACCAAUGAACCACACACACUUUCAAGACGCAGGUCGCUGAAGAGCGCCGACGAUCUGAUAAACUCGUGCUCUCAUUACGGCACUCUGUUCCCGUGGCUCUCUGUCCUGAAUCCAGCUCACACUACCAGCUCCCAGCACCAGGAGGCGCUCUACAAACUGCAGUCCCUGCUGUGCGGCCCGUCCCUGUCCGUCGGCUCCGUCGUGCCCCUGAUGGAGCGUCUGUCGGAGGAAACGCUGUGGGGCUUCAGCCUGCACCUGCUCUGCUCCACCAGGAGGGGGCAGUACGAGCGCAGCAUCGAGAAGCUGCUGGACCGCUGUCCUCAGGCCAUCAUCGCCUACGCCAACCACCAGCUGCAGGACACACACACGGUUUUGUGGUGGCAGAAGCUGCUGCCGGAGCUUUGCAGCAGGACGAGAGCUGCUGCAGACAACAGCAUCCUGCUGGCUGCUCUCAAAGAGACGCUGGUCGUGGUUGCCAUGGAGACGAGCCCCACAGAGUUCCUGGAGCUGAUCCCCGACGACGGCACCGCCUCAUACUUCCUGCCUCACCUGCUGACCUGCAGCCAGAGACACCUGCUGGCCUGAAACCAACACUGAGAGGUCUUCAUCCAGACGGAAGAUUUAACCCUCUGAACCCUCCUGCCAGGUUUCAAACGUGUGUUUUCUUCAAAAGAUCGCCAAAAAAUACACCGUUUAUUGUAGAAAACAGGCAUUAUUGUCGGAAUUUGAACUUUAUGACAGUCCAUAAACAUUUCCAUUAUAAAACGCAACCAGAACGAAGCUUAAAAUGUU